AUGAAGGAUGUGUUGCUGCAGCUGGAGAUGCAGGAUGCCGUAGACAGUACUGAAAAUUCAGUUGCCACUCCCAGGGAAUGGGCUUAUGAUGAAAUUGACAGAGUCUUCCUUUACAAAACCUAUAUUGAUGAGGCUCUUAAAGCCUAUGAACUUGAUGGAGUCAAGGUGAAAGGCUAUGCAACAUAUCUCAUGGAUUCUUUUCAGUUCGUUUUUGGCUACCUCUUUGGGUUUGGUCUGCACCACGUAGACUUCAAUAACCCAAACCGACCCAGAACACCCAAGUUUUCGGCUCAUUUCUACUACAAUGUUAUGAGGGACAAUGGUUUUCCAUUACCAGAAGAUGAAAAGAUGAUAUAUGGAGAAUUCAAAAAGGAUUUCAUUUGGAGUAGUGCAACAGCAUCAUACCAGAUUGAAGGGGCAUGGAGAGAAGAUGGAAAAGGUCUCAGUAUCUGGGACAAGUUUACACACACCCCUGGAAAAAUAUCUGAGCAUGACACUGGGGAUGUGGCUUGUAACAGUUACAAUAAGAUGGAAGAUGACAUUGCUGCGUUGAAGAAAGUCAAGGUGUCUCACUAUCGCUUCUCCAUAUCCUGGCCAAGGGUCCUGCCUGACGGUACUACCAAAUAUGUCAAUCAGGCUGGUCUAAAUUACUAUCAGAAACUGCUGGAUUCCCUUAUUGCCGCAAACAUUCAGCCUCAAGUCACUUUGUACCACUGGGAUCUCCCACAAGCUCUGCAGGAUGUUGGAGGUUGGGAAAAUGAGACAAUCAUUGAAAGAUUCAAGGAAUAUGCAGAUUUCCUCUUUCAGAAUCUUGGUCCCAAAGUGAAACUUUGGAUCACUUUCAAUGAGCCCUUCAUAAUAACUGUAUUAGGCCAUGUCCAAGGUGCACAUGCCCCAGGUUUGAACGACAGACCAGAUACUCUUCCAUACAUUGUAGGCCACAACAUAAUCAGAUCCCAUGCAGAGGCCUGGCAUGUCUACAAUGACAAAUACAGAGCCUCACAGGGAGGACUGGUCUCCAUCACUGUAAACUCAGACUGGGCAGAACCCAGAAACCCCUACAAGCAAGAGGACUAUGAAGCUGCACGGAAUGUGGUUGAGUUUUAUCUUGGCUGGUGGGUCCAUCCCAUUUUUAAUGGUGACUACAGCCCACUGGUGAAGAAAUCUGUUCUAAAGCAAAGUCUUGCAGGUGGAUUGACAAAAUCCAGGCUUCCUGAGUUUACUCCUGAGGAAAUUAAGCGAAUUAAUGGCACUUAUGAUUACUUCGGAUUAAACCAUUACUGCAGUGUCUUGGCAUUCCCUGUAGAUUAUGGAUCUUUUCAACACUUUGAGGCAGACAGGGGUGUGGUGGUUAUUAGUGAUCGGACCUGGUUGGAAACCGGUUCUGUCUGGCUGAGGAUGACACCAUUUGGUCUCCGAAGAUUGCUGAAAUUCAUCAAGGAAGAGUACAGAAAUCCUCCAAUUAUCAUCACUGAGAACGGUGUCUCUGAAAAUGGGCCAGUUGAUCUCAAUGACGUUCACAGGAAAUACUAUUAUGAACAGUACAUCAACCAAGUGCUGAAAGCUUAUUUGCUUGACGACGUCAAUAUUAUUGGCUACACUGCUUGGUCUCUGCUGGACAACCUGGAAUGGGGUGUUGGCUAUACAGAGAGAUUUGGACUUUUCUAUGUGAAUCGCACAGACCCUGAUCUGCCUCGAACCCCCAAAGCCUCUGUGUCCUAUUAUUCCUCCAUCAUCAGCUGCAACGGGUUUCCUGACCCAGCAUCUGGACCUCAUGAGUGUUGGAACCCUAACCCUACAAUUGCUAACCCCUAAGCCUGAAGUAACAAAAGAGGCAAUUCCUGGAAUCAACAACGUGAACUUCCUGGGUAUGAGCCUCUCCUCUGAAGAUGCCGCGACCGGACUUAACACAACAUUUGCUUUGCUGAUUGUAGCACUUGCUGGAACAAUUUGUGUGGCUGUUGGAUUGUUUCCAGUA